CCACCUCUCCUAUAAAUAUCAGAAAAUCGCCCUGAAUCUCCUGUCGUAAUUUCCGGGUUUUAUUUUCUUUCCCCAAAUUUAGGUUUUUUUCCUCUUGAGUUCAGAUCUGAUAGUUCGGGCGCAGAUUCCGCAGGGAUUUCAGCUCGUGUUCCAUUUAGGUAUUCAAAAUAUGGAUAACCAACAAAUCUUAUGGAAGUUGGGGGAUGAGCUCCGAGGACAGUCGAAGGUCUCGGAGGAUCAUAAAUGGUUGAUGGUCGCGUCAAGGUUGGCUGAGCAAACUAGAUCAAAGGGCGAACGGAUGAAUAACCUUGAUCUGUCAAGGACUCCUGUAGAAAUGAAGUUCAAAGAGAAAACCAGCUUCCAGGAAGAUAACAAAUUUGAGAACCUGAAUUUCAGCCUUAUGAAUUUGGAUUCCAAAAUGCCUGAACCAGGGAGCAAGAAUUCCUUCCGGAAUGGCGUUUAUAACACAAAUGUGUUGUAUCAGAAGAACAAUAACAACAAUAUUGGCAACUUGAAUGCUACAGUUUGCAACAAGUACAAUGGCAAUGGUAACAGCAAGGAUGCCAACACCCACAAUAACAACAACAACAACACGAACAACAACAACAAUGGUAAUGCUGACAAGCGAUUCAAGACAUUGCCUUCGUCAGAAAUGCUUCCACGGAAUGAGGUGCUUGGAGGUUACAUUUUCGUAUGCAACAAUGACACAAUGCAGGAAGAUCUGAAGCGACAGCUAUUUGGCUUACCGCCAAGGUACCGAGAUUCUGUUCGUGCUAUAACGCCAGGGUUGCCUCUCUUUCUCUACAAUUAUACUACUCACCAGCUACAUGGGAUCUUUGAGGCAGCCAGUUUUGGGGGAUCUAACAUCGAUCCAACUGCCUGGGAAGACAAGAAGUGUAAAGGCGAAUCGAGGUUUCCAGCACAGGUAAGGAUCCGUGUUAGGAAACUCUGCCAGGCAUUGGAAGAAGAUGCUUUCAGACCAGUUUUGCAUCAUUAUGAUGGUCCCAAGUUUCGUCUUGAACUCUCCAUCCCAGAGACCUUGGCGUUGCUUGAUCUAUGCGAACAAGGAGGCGGCAUGUGAAUCUGUCAUAAUCACGUGGUGAUGCUAGAAGUGUAUAUGUAUGCCAUGAGAGUUCUGGAGUCUGUUGCCCUUUUCACAAUAUCCACAA